AUGAUUACUGCUCAUAAACCUAAAAAGAACAUGACAAAGCUUGACUUAAGUCUGACCUUUUCACCAAAGCACAGAAGCACAAACAAAUAUGACCCUCGUUCUCCACCUGGGUCAGCAUUAAAAUCUCCCCACCUAAGUCCAAAAACAGAUAGGAGCUGCAAUGAAUGAAGUCCUAUUCAAAAGGUGAAAAUUCUUAACACAGCGCUUUCUAAGUUUGAGUGUCCCAUUUCCAAGAAAGCUUUAAAUAGCCCAAAAAGAAAUCAUUUUGAAGGAAAUUCUGAAGCCUCAACUCAGAAAUCGUUUGAAAAUUCAUCAAGUUGCGAUUGCAAACACUUAGCUAUAAUAGAAGAAGCUAACGAUUUAAUUACAAAUUUGAGAUUAACGAUAUCAAAAUUAAAGAAAGAAAUCAGAGAAAAAGAUGAAAAAAUUUGUUAUUUAGAAAAAUUUUUAAAAGAAAAUGAAAAUCAAUUCAAUAAGUUACUUGUAAACCAAGAAAUCUGCUCAGAAAAGAACGAAAAAAAUAAAGAUGAAACAAUUAAAGCACUUGAAAAUAAGCUGAAACUUCAAGAAAAAGAAAUAACAUCUCGCUAUGCCAAAGAAAAAAAGAUUUUUGAGUUGCAGAUGUUAAGUCUUGAAGAAGACAUGAACGAAAAGCUUACUAAUGACACUCAGACGAAAUUAGAAAUUGCAUUUCUUAAAUCUCAGAUUUCAAAGAUCCAGGACAUUCAUACUCAACUUACUAAAGAAAAUGAUGACUUAAGAAAUCAAAUAAAAGAAAUUCGAAUGGAAGAAAUAACGAAAUAUUCAUUUCAGAUAGCAUCUGAGCUAUCUCAGCUAUCAAGCUUUAUUAAUUGGUUUCAGUCAAAGGGAGAAGUGAGCUUAGCUGCAAUUCUUUUGGCAUGUCAAGUCCAUGUUGAAUCAAAUCAAUCACCAGACUCUGUUGUUAAGUCUUUAGAAAAUGCAGUGAAAGAAAUAAGCACUAUAAGAGAAUUUCUAUCGAAUUAUCACAUCGAGAAAACUAGAGGUCUCUAA